AUGACCUCAAUAGGGAAAUAUGUGGGGUGGAGAUGCCACCGGUAAUUCUUGCGGACCCAGCCUAUCCACUGUUAUCAUGGGUGUUAAAGGGCUACCCUAGGAACGAGGCAACAAGAAGUCAACGUGUUUUUAACUAUCGUCUUAGUCGUGCACGAAUGACGGUAGAAAACACCUUUGGUAGGUGAAAAGGAAGAUACGUCAGAUUUUAAAAGCGGGUGGGCAUGGAUGUAAGUACUCUGGCACAUGUUGUACAGGCCUCCUGCGUGUUACAUACUCAUAUUCGAAGCUCUUAAAAAUGAAUUUCUUCCUGAUUGGGCUGACGCUGAAGUACUUAUUGAGGAACCAAUACUUCCAAUUUAUGAAACGUCAGCACCAGACGCAGAGCUAUUCCGUGAUGCUUUAGCUGAAUAUUUCACCAGUUAG